AUGGCUUCGGUCACUUCGCUAGGCCUUCACCAGCCUACAGGACUCGAGUACGCUAUACAAGAGGGUCUCUUACCUCCAGACCCACCGAGCACCUCUUACUCCUGGCAUAAUCACAUCAGCGGCGAUGCUAAUUCAUUGGCUGAUGACGACGAGCUUCUGGUGACUCCGCGAUGCGUUAUCUGGUCUCGAGGGGGCAUUCUUCGAAAGAGCUACAAGUUUGACCUGGAGAAUGAGCCAGUCACGCAGGCCUUGUUGACUCAAUUCCCAAGUGAUGGGCCGCUCAAUGCGAAGGAUAGGAAGUCAGGACAACAUACAAAAUCAAAUACAAAGUCAACUGCACUCGUGGUCUUUCUAAAGACGCAGGCGCAUGUAUAUUUUCUCAGCGGCACGAGCCAUGUCAUACAUCUACCUUUCGAGGUCGAGUCUGCAACUUCAGCUCCUAAUGGGCUCAUAAUACAGAGGAAACUGAGGCUUGAUAAUCUGGUUUCAAGGUCACUCAAGUUCCCACGCGUCCCUCCCAAUUCUUUCGUCUCCUCCCAGCCUCAACCAUGGUCGGCAUCGAGCUCGCAACUGUCUACCUUUUCAAUCGCAGAUCUCGGAGAUCCAAUGCAGAUGCCAUUGCCACCCAAUUUCACCCUAAAAGAUAUAUGGGCCCCGCCAUCAUUGAAGAACGACUCGAAGUGGCCACGGUUGUUCUCACUGUCAGAUCCUCUGGCGGAGAUGGGACUGGUCGUUGCGCAAAUCAACAAAUCCGAGAACCGUGGACACCGAAGAGCCUCGACGAAAGUAACCGCAUUGGAUGCGGCUGAAGAGAUUCUUCAUGUUUCUCGUCCUGGUGAAUUCACCCAAGAUACAGAGCACCCGCUCGUGCUCGCCUUGACCUUCAACCGGGAGACUAGCAUGUACAGUGUCUGGAAAUUGGAUUAUGUUGGUCAGGAGUCUGGUACUCGCGAGAAACAACGUGCAACUAGUGUAAAUAUGUCUCGUCGAAGAAGCUCCUUCGUUCCGGGUGCCGCGACGGGAUCCACCACACCGGUAAUGGGCAACCAACAAACUUUCCGAGAGAGCUUUGGUGGCAAUGCACCAAUUAAUGUGGGAAAGAGAGGCGCCAAACAAGAAGAUAAUUCUAAAGACAAAGAUGUUGACUUCGUAUCCACUCUUGACCCAGAUUUCGAGAGUUCUACAAUUCCAAGAAGGAGGUCUCGGCGUGUCAGUUCAAUGCUUGCACGCGCGGAUUUAUCUGCUUCCAACGAACGGUCUGCCUUCUCUGAUCUUGCCACGGCCGCCCAUCAACUUGGGACCAGUAGGCGAGGGGAUUCUCUAAGCAGUCAAUAUGCCAGGACGAGUACUGGAGGUUAUAAUGUGAAUGGGCAGAGCCAGUCACAAGGGCCACCGUUCAGUAGCAGUGUUAACAGCUUGCUUGAGGCACCGGUCGACAGUCUUUUGGACGAGCUUAGGGCUGGUGGGGAUUUCGAGGGCUUCCAUAAUAUGGGUCUCGAUGAUGACGAGUUCGAUGCUCUCAGCAACGAAAUAAUCCUCAGCAAAGUUUGCAGUGUUCCCGCAGAACAUACCAAUGUCAGAUUUUCUACUCAACACAAGCCGGCUAAAGCUCAAUGUAGAAUAUUCACCCUCACAGCGCCAUCUUCGGCGGAAGAUGACCAAAAAGGGAAAGAGAUCGUUAUAUGCGUCUUGGACCAGGAUGAAAAAAGGCUUCUCGUGCUGACUCUCUAUAUGAAAAGUCACAAGGCUGCCCACAUCGAACAUAAUGAGAGCGUGAAGGUAGAGAAAGAUGUCAACGUUGUCUCUUUCGGCUCAGUAGUGAGAGCGAGCAAUGUUAUCGAUGCAUGCAGACUGGAUGAUGGGCAAGUCUCCCGCAUCUUGGCAUUAACUGAGACCCCAGAUGGCUAUGGAGAACUUAGCCUACAGGCCCCUUGGAGUGUUCUCAUGAAAGUUCCGCUGCCGGAAAAGUUUGCUAUUGGUAGCAUUCGAAAUCUUGGUCACAGCGUAGUGCCACGUGCGAAACGAGAGGGGGGUUCUAAGAGAGUCCUUAGCCAGGGACCCCGCGCGUUGCGUAAGUUGCGCAAUUCAAAGCCUCGAGGUCUCGUCGACUUGGUGGACGAUGAAGGCAAGAUGCACCAACUUCAGAUCCUCAUGGAACCUCGAAAUCCCCAUGUUUGCAGGGUGCUCGAUGUCUGCAAAGCCGUCGCUCCUGGAGUAAGAGCUGGAGAAGGGAUUGUGGUCGCGUGGUGGAACGUUAUGCAGUGGCUCCGGCAAGAGUCAAUAGACACGGUAGAUUCUGAGUGGACUGCUAUGGUCAUUACUCUCUUUUCUAUGGUCCUUGGGCCAAACAAUGCUUCAAAACCCACGCAGAACGGAGCUCCUAAACGAAAGACUCGUAGCGGUCUCCUUCGAUCGAGUAGUGGAGCACGAGAAGACCAGGAGAGCUGGGAGAUAAUGCAAAGUCAGGAAGCCUUCAAUGGCAAUCCAUUCCCUUCCUGGGCCAAUAAUCGCGGCUGGAAUUGGCUUAACGAGGAAGGUCUGGAUUCCGACGCAAUCAAAGAUUCUGAAUUACCCUCUUCAGUCUUCACUUCCAAUCGUGAGGGCAAGGGGAAUUUUGUCCUGGAGCAUGUGAAACUUUCUCGCAAUUUUGCUAGCACUGCAUUUGGCCAGUCUAUUAUAUCUGGCUGCUUAAUUACUGAGAGUCGAAAAUCGGCCCUUGUUGACACCUUUCUUGGCCUGCAUCUUCUACGUGAGGAGCAGAGACUGGACACAAUGGUAUCUGAUUCUUUUAGCUCAGGUGUCUUGAGUCUAACUCCAAUCCUCGCUCAAAUCGCCAGAUGGUUUCGCUGGACGAGUUGGGCAACAGCUUACGACGUCGAGGACGCUUCAUUGCUCGAUAUGGAUUAUGACUUAGAAUCACCCCUGGAAUUUUCCCUUCCCGAACCCCAGGAUGUUCCUGAAAUUUAUACUUGGAUUCAAACUUGCUUGACGACCCAAAGUUUGACUCCCUUCAUGACUCUGCCCGAAUUGGUCGCAAACCGACCAACAGCCUCUCGCAGAUACGUUCAAGAUCUAGAUCAUUGGUCCAGAUUGACUCCCAGAACUCUCCUAUUUGCGAAGUUCUUCUCUUCUAUGCGAAAUAGCUGGUCUGCAGCCGAAUUCGUUGAAGGGCUGUCUUCUGCUGGCAUGGACAGUCUCUUACUCGAGACUCUACCAGAAGCUGUACUUGCUCCAUUGCAAGAAGCAAUAGCCCAAUGCCAAACUGAGCCCCCCACAACAUGGAGCAAAGACCUGCUUGCUAUAGUAGGUCGAGAAGACGUCAACACGCUAUUAUCGCCAGGACAGCGUCCGCGGCACACCCAGGCGACUCUUCUGGCUCCUUCUCACGAGUCUAGUCUUGAUGUCCACACCAUAUGCGCAUCUACAGCGGAUAUUGAAACCACGGGAUCUUUUGAUGGCUCUGCUGAAGUCGACCGACAAGCAAUUACUCGCGCAAUCUUCAAGGAUGACCGAAGAAUGAACGAGGCAAUGAACAUCCUUAACACCUUCCGACCUACCGUGGCUCGCUGCAAAUCCGAGCCUCAUUGGACAGAGGCAGACCUGCUCGACGCACAGAAAGACCAUGCGCAGAUGUUGGCUUAUCGCACACUUGCCAUUCCUUCUGGACGAGGAUUACUAUACUUCAGUGCUCGUAUACCACUUCUCACCCAAAGGUUUGCUAUCGGAGGAUUCAAUUUGAGUUGUGUGAUGAAGCCGGACAACAAUACUGUGGGCGUUGACAAGAACGCAUUCACGGAAGAAAAGGUAUGCUGGGCAUUCUUCCAUGCCGGAGUUGCUGCAGGUCUCAGCAUAUCUCGAGAUGCUAAGGGAAUUGACACUUCAUGGAUUCUUUACAAUAAACCUGUGCAGGAUCUUAGUAACAGGCACGCUGGUUUCUUGUUGGCCCUGGGACUGAAUGGACACCUCAAGUCCGUUGCUAAAUGGGUUGCCUUCAAGUAUCUCACCCCUAAGCAUACGAUGACCUCGAUAGGAUUGCUUCUUGGCUUAGCUGCAUCCUAUAUCGGCACGAUGGAUUCGCUCAUCACACGACUUCUGUCGGUGCAUGUGACUCGAAUGCUUCCUCCAGGAGCUGCAGAAUUGAACCUCUCCCCGCUGACACAAACGACUGGAAUAAUGGGGAUCGGUCUGGUCUACUGUAAUACGCAACAUCGGCGCAUGAGUGAGAUAAUGGUCUCUGAAAUUGAGCACAUCGAUGCGGAAACGGAGGAGGAGCCUUUACGAAAUGAAAGCUACCGUCUUGCGGCAGGAUUCGCUCUGGGAUUCAUCAAUCUCGGCAAAGGUUCGGACCUGAAAGGACUUCAUGAUAUGCAACUGACAGAGAGACUCCUCAGCUUGGCUGCUGGAAGCAAGAAAGUGGACCUUGUUCAUGUUCUUGAUAAAGCCACUGCGGCUGCUGUAAUGGCUAUUGCUUUGAUUUUUAUGAAGUCAGAGAAUCAGAUCUUGGCGCGAAAGAUUGACGUGCCAGACUCGCUCCUUCAGUUUGACUAUGUCAGACCAGAUAUAUUUCUGCUCCGCACCCUCACCAGGCACUUGAUCAUGUGGAGCAAAAUAGUUCCUUCAUUUGAGUGGAUAAGGAGCAGCUUGCCACAAGCAUAUAGGUCCCGGAGUACUCUCGAGGGUAUUGAGAAAUUGACUGCCGAGGAUCUUCCCUUCUACAACAUCAUCACAGGGCUCUGCUUCAGCAUCGCUUUACGUUUGGCCGGAUCGGGCUCUAUCGUAGCUCGAGAUCUGCUGGUCCAUUACCUGGACCAGCUUAUGAGGAUAUGUCGAAUCGAUGCGGACACUUUCGACAAGAAAUUGACGAGAAACACAGUCCGGAACUGUCAGGAUCUAUUAGCACUUGCUGCUGCGACAGUAAUGGCAGGCACAGGGGACCUAAUCGUGUUCCGUCGACUUCGAUCAAUGCAUGGCCGCGACGAUAGCGAGACACCCUAUGGAAGCCAUCUCGCGGCUCAUCUGGCUGUCGGUGCUCUCUUCCUCGGUGGUGGGACAUUCACGUUCGGGACGUCGAAUCUAGCCAUAGCUUCAUUAUUAGUGGCUUUCUAUCCAAUCUUCCCUUCCUCCGUUCAAGACAACAAGUCCCAUCUCCAGGCCUUCCGGCAUUUCUGGGCCUUGGCAGCGGAACCUCGCUGUCUCGUCACGAAGGACAUCGACACAAAUCAACCGGUCCCAAUCCCCGUCUCAAUAACCCUCCGCAACGGCGAACAGAUCCAACGGCACACGCCUUGUCUCGUCCCAGAACUGGACCAAAUCAAGACGGUCCGCACAAACAGCACCGAAUACUGGAACGUGGUGCUCGAUCUCGAAAACAACCCCACGCACAUCGCCUCGUUCAAAUCCAACCAAACCAUCUACGUCCGCCGCCGCCCCGCCCACGACGCCACCACCUCCCCCUUCGAAGCCACUAUCCAAGCCCUAAACGAAGGCGACGGCUCCUCCACCUCUUCCCAAUCCCUCGAAUGGCUCUUCGAGCUCCCGGCCUUCGCCAACCUCACCAAAGCCGAGCGCGCGCUCGUGCUGCCCCCGGACCGCGGCGGCGCCAGCGACGUCCACGCCGGCACGCAAGCCACGGUCGUUGACGCGCGUCUAGUGCUGGAGAACGCAACGCUGGACAGCGGGAAGAAGGACCGGCUGCUGGGUCUGCGGCUGCUGUUCGCGUGGGCUGAUAAGGCGGUCGCGGAGGGUAGGGAUAUGCAGUGGAUACGGAUGGAGGUCGUGGAGAGGCUGAAGGCUAGGGUGUGGAUGCUUGCUGAUGAUGAGGACUGA